AUGAACGUUCUUGUUGAACCUGAUGUUCAUGACAUAUUUGCUAGAAUUCCAGGGUUUGGAUUUGUUCAGACCUUUUAUAGUCAAGAUACCAGUGAUCUUCAUGAGAGGGUUGAUUUUGUGGCGUGCCUGGGGGGAGAUGGGGUAAUACUACAUGCAUCAAAUUUAUUUCGAGGGGCAGUUCCACCUGUUGUGUCCUUUAAUCUUGGAUCUCUUGGAUUUCUGACUUCUCAUUAUUUUGAAGACUACAGCCAGGACUUGAGACAGGUUAUCCGUGGGAAUAACACCUUGGACGGUGUUUAUAUAACUCUUAGAAUGCGCCUCUGGUGUGAAAUCUUUCGCAAUGGUAAGGCAGUGCCUGGGAAAGUUUUUGAUGUCUUAAAUGAAGUGGUUGUUGAUCGGGGUUCUAAUCCAUAUCUUUCUAAGAUUGAAUGCUAUGAACAUGACCGACUUAUAACCAAGGUGCAAGGUGAUGGAGUCAUAGUGGCCACUCCUACAGGAAGUACUGCUUAUUCCACUGCUGCAGGAGGUUCCAUGGUGCAUCCAAAUGUUCCUUGCAUGCUGUUUACCCCUAUCUGCCCACAUUCUCUCUCAUUUAGGCCAGUCAUACUUCCAGAUUCUGCAAGACUUGAAUUAAAGAUUCCAGAGGAUGCUCGAAGUAAUGCAUGGGUUUCUUUUGAUGGAAAGAGGAGGCAGCAACUCUCAAGAGGGGAUUCGGUCCGGAUAUCUAUGAGCCAGCACCCACUUCCAACGGUCAACAAAUCUGAUCAAACAGGCGAUUGGUUUCGCAGCUUGAUCCGCUGCCUAAACUGGAACGAGAGGCUAGAUCAGAAGGCCCUUUGA